UGUUGAUAUCAGUGGCAACUAUGUAGAAGAAAUAAAUCGACAUAGUUAUGAACGUCAAAGUUUUAUAAUCUUUCUCAAUCUCUUCCCUUUAAAUGCACACCAAUUUCAAUCUCCAACCAUCACCUCCAAAACUCACACUAUAAUAUUAAUUAAUUCAUUCAUUCAUUCAUCAUAUUCUUCAAUGGCUUCGAUUGCUUCCACCGUACAAGCUCCUCCGCCCGCCGCUGCCGCCCUCAGCCGCCGCUCCAUUUCCGGCGCCAGACCCGUCUCCGCCGCGUUCAGCGCCUGGCCGAGGGCGGCGGGGCUGAGACUGGCGCCCAAAGCCCGUCAAAUCCACGUGGCGAAGGCCGGAAAGUCGAGGAUUUCGUGCGCCGCCGCGCAGCCGGAGACGCUGCAGGUGGUGCGGAACACGAUCGCGAAGCAGCUGUCGGUGGAGGAGUGCACGGUCACGCCGCAGACCAAGUUCGCCGAUCUCGGCGCCGACUCCUUGGACACGGUGGAGAUCAUGAUGGCGCUGGAGGAGAAGUUCGGGGUUUCCGUCGGAGAGGGCGGCGCCGAGAGUAUCGCCACCGUGCAGGACGCCGCCGACUUGAUCGAGAAAGUCAAGGCUGCCGCAGCUUAAUGCAAUAACCACUGCUUUUUUUUUUCCUCGUCGUGUUUUUUUUUUUUAAUCUAUUCGUGGUUUAAAGUUUGAAUGUCAUCUUUAAACUAGAACGAAAAAGGUGAGUUUAAUUACAUAAUUAAUAACUAGCUCGAUGCUUCUGCUU